CGGGGAGCGUUUGGAAGUGCAGCCGGACAGGAGGAGGAAUAGGAGUAGGAGGGGAGGAGGGGUGCAAAAAGUGGCACGCUCACUCUCCAGCCUGCGCAGGACGCGCGCGCGCGCGCCUCUCGGACCUGCCCCCUGUCCCGUUCCACUCCAGAGUUUGAUGAGGGUGCGCGAGGGCCGGCAGCCGGCAGCAUGAGCCUGGACAGACAGGUGAGGUGCGGGGUCCGGCGGCGGAAGAUGAGCGCGCUGAGCGUGGACCUGCUGAUCACGCUGCAGAUCCUGCCCGGCUUCUUCUCCAACUGCCUGUUCUUCGUGCUCUACGACUCCGUGGUGCUGGUGAAGCGCGUGGUGUCCCUGCUGAGCUGCUCGGGCUCCGGAGGCGAGUGGCAGCGCAUGCUCACCGCGGCGGGCCUGAAGUCCAUCUGGAACAGCUUCCUGCUGGACGCCUACAAACAGGUGAAGCUGGGCGAGGCGGCUCCAAACUCUAAAGUAGUGAAGGUCCCCAUCAGCAGCUGCCACUGGAGCGCCGGUGGAAAAAGCACGGACGAGUGCAACCUGCUGGACUUUGAGUCGUCUGACCGACCCCUGGUGGUCAACUUCGGCUCGGCCACCUGACCCCCAUUCCUGAGCCAGCUACCGAUCUUCCGGCGGCUGGUCCAGGACUUUUCGGAUGUGGCGGACUUUCUGCUGGUCUACAUCGAUGAGGCUCACCCCUCGGACGGCUGGGCGGCGCCGCCCAUGAAGCCCUACUCGUUCAAGGUUAAGAAGCACCGGAAUUUGGAGGACCGGGUGACGGCAGCACGAAACCUCCUGGAGCAUUUCUCUUUACCCCCUCAGUGCCAGCUAGUGGCGGACUGCAUGGAUAACAAUGCCAACGUAGCAUACGGCGUGUCCUACGAGAGGGUGUGCAUCGUGCAGAAGAAGAAAAUAGCUUAUCUGGGGGGAAAGGGUCCAUUUUACUACAACCUUAAAGAUGUGCAGCGCUGGCUCGAACAGUGCUACGGAAAGCGGUAAUUUUGAACCCGGGACGUCAGAAAGCCUCUUUUAUGAAUGGCGGAAUAGUUUAUUUUUGUAUAAUGGAGAAAAAAGGAAGGUAAAGUGCUUUCAGAACUGUUUUAAGGUGGCUCCAGUGGCAACAUGGGCCAAGCUCCAAGUCAAUUUCCUGAAUUCUCUGAAAUGAUCAACGAGUCUCCUGGGUGGAAUCCAACAUUCCUAACCUCUUUUAUACACAGCGAAUAGAGACACUAAGAAACACUAAGAUUUGCACUUCAGUUUUUGAUAUGACAUUUUGCUGACCACAGAAACCCGAUUUGUAUGUGCACUAUCAGUAACAGUUGGCUAUUAAUGUAGUGUGUAUUACACCGUAAUACGCUUUCCACUAAAUAACAUUCAUUGCUUCAAAACAAACCAAAUUGUUGAACAGAGAAGAAAGCACAAAUACCCAGCUUUUAUAUAUAUAUAUAUAAAAAAGAUAAUUUAUUUUUGUCAACAUUUAAUGUUUUCUGUUUUUAAUAUGUGGCCUGUUUUAUGUACAUGUAAUACCAUGUUUUUUCCCUGUCUUGAACUUCUUGACAAUCGUUCAUAUUCCAUUUUACUGCUCUUGCAUCAUCAGCUUUUUCAUGCCUGAUACACUUUGUCGCACAUCUGUUCAAACCCAGGACUGAAAAAAUUAUUAGGUCAGUUCGUUCUCUGCCAAUCUCUGCACAUGUGAAAAAUGUAAAGUAGAUGAAUUGAGCUUUUGUUGCUCUUGUUGGGCAUUUAAAGAAAUAUUUAAAGUGCUUAAAAAGUCAUGGUCAGUGAUGGUCAGAGAUGGUAUGGGUGAUGGAUGUAUUGGCAGAUGCAAACUAAGAGAAACUUGACUGCGUAGACUGUGGCAGGCAAUUCAAAGUAGGGCUGGACAAUAUUUUAAUAUUAAUACUGUAUAUAUUGUAAUAUAAAAUAUUUUUGACACUUUAAUAUCAAUCAGAACCAGCCAGCAACUACAUGUUGGUGUUCUGACUCCAAUUGACUCAGACUAUCUACCUAAUCCAGUAAUCCAGUUAAAAACAGCUAACCAUAGCAGCUAACCUGGUUCAUUCCAGCUGUCAGUGACUAAUUUGCAGUUAAUUCACUGUUCUAGGCUUCAUUAUCAUGAGUCGUGAUAAUGUCAGUUAAGGCAGAUCAUAUUUAAUAGGGCAUCCAGAUUCCAGGAUCUCUUGAAAAUAACAUCUAUCGUUUUCGCUGAGCUUUUGAAAGUUAUUUGUCAUUUUUUAGGUGAAUAAAUCUACAUCAGACUAUCCAAAAUUGGCCAAAAGUUCAAAAAAAUCCUAAAAGAGAGACUAUUUAAAAUGUGUCUGUCAAUGACUGAUGUUCAUUACAAAGAGCAGAACUCUGUAAGCUUCAAUAACCUUGCCAUAGCCCAAAGGUGGUGGCUUUUAAACCAUUGAUAUUGAUAGCAGAAUGACAGUAAGUUGUAUCAUAAUACAUAUUUUGUCCAUAUCGUCCAGCCCUAAUUGGAAAUAAUGCCUUUGCUGCACGGUUUGUUUAGACACUGCAUUGUGACACAGUGUACAGGGAGGCUGAUGAUAAGAAUACUGAAUCUGAAUGUUUGGAGGAAAUGUUCCAGAAAGUAGCUAACCAUUUGUUAAAUUUGUAUCCGGUAUAAUACAGAUUCCCACCUACAGGCACACUCGUUUGUGUCCAUGGCAAACCGGUGUGUGUAUGAAGGCCACCGACGAAAGGGUCUCGGGUCCUGUCUGUGGUUGGAUGAGAAUAGCCACACCUUUUUGUCCUGAUCCAAACGAGCGUACAUGUAGACGGAGGGAGCUCCACAUUUACACAGUGACAUAUUUACACACUGACUUCAGUCGCAUAUUCAAAUGUUCAGACCCAUGUUGUGUGAAGCAGCUGCUUUCAUACUGUGAGAAGAAAAUAAAAGGAAAAGGAAAAAUAAAGCUCAACUUUUUUUGCCGCUGA